UCUCUAUAUGCAACAAAAAGUUCUCCCUUUUCACUGAAUUAUCUUUGCACCUGGUAAAGCCCUAAAUGUCAAAUUCAUUCAAUAAUAUUUAGGAGACUAUCUGGACAUUAAUGAAUGCUUCAAGGAACUGCCAGAUUUUGAACUUACCGCUGACACUACUGCAGUCGAAUCUGUAGAGUUCAAGGACGAUUGUUUACGAGCAUGUCUGCGCAAUCAACUACGUGGGAAGACAUGUGCUGGCGUAGAACAUCGGGCUAAGGACAAUGAUUGCGUACUAUCGGAUAAGCCAGGAACUCAGCGUGCAGCUGGAGCCAAAAAGAAAGGAAGUUACUAUGAGAACGUGUGCGGUCAACCUCCAGGUUAG